CAGUCUGACGAGGUGAUCUGGAACGUUAUCAACCAGCAAUUCUGCUCGUACAAAGUCAAGACCGUCAACCAAAAUUUCUGCCGAAACCAGUACAAUGUAACCGGUCUUUGCAAUCGUCAAUCAUGCCCACUUGCCAACAGUCGGUACGCAACGAUCCGUGAAGAAAAGGGUAUUAUCUACCUUUAUAUGAAAACACCUGAACGUGCACACUCACCUGCAAAAAUGUGGGAGAAGGUGAAGCUAUCCAAAAAUUACGCACAAGCAUUAGAGCAGAUUGAUAAUGCAAUGAUCUACUGGCCCAAUUUCCUUCAACACAAGUGCAAGCAGCGUUUAACAAAGAUUACACAAUACCUCAUUCGCAUGCGUAAAUUGAAGCUUAAAGAAGCUGACAGACCACAGUUGAUUGGUGUAAAGAGAAAGUUGGAGAAGCGCGAAGCAGCACGCGAACGCAAGGCAGAGGCAGCUGCACGACUAGAGAAAUCAAUUGAAAAGGAAUUGAUUGAGCGAUUAAAGAGCAAGGCCUAUGGUGACGCACCCUUGAAUGUCAACCAGGAGCUCUGGCAGAAGAUUCUUGAUCAGGAUCUUGAGGAUGCUGAGGAUGAGGAGAGUGACGAGGAGAACGAGGAAGAAGAGGAUGAGGAAGAAGAAGAGGAUGAGGGAGGAGAUAUUGAAUAUGUAUCUGAUCUGGAAGAAUCUGACAUUGAAGAUAUGGAAGACGGUUUUGAAUGG